AUGAACGGUACGUCCAGGAAAACACGAGGCCACGUUGUAGCCUUUGCUCUACCGUUUUGGGGUCUGUUCUACUUUCCUCAUAAUUGGCAUAUUGGCACGAUUGCUAAGGGAUAUAUAUUCAUAGGUCAUGCGAAGCCUCUUGUGGCUUUGAUCGCAAAACUCGUUCAGAAUAGUCGUAGAACCCGCUUGCACGCCACGUUGUUCAUAGAAGUUACUCUAUUCGACAAAGUUAUCGCCGAGGUGGCCCGGCACUUUCGUCCUGGAGAUGAGAACGAGCUCAGAGAUCUGGUCAGGGUCGUUGGUCUGCCAUGUUCUUCCGAACCGUUCCAAUUUCAAAUAUAUGAGCAAGGGUUUAUCAGAGGAUACGAGGUCCUGCUCAAAGAAGAACCCAUUCGUGCCUUAGAAAGCAGCAACUUUAUAUAUGACUCCAUUCCUGCUCCAGAACUUGUUGUAAUCGAUUUUCUCUCGUAUGACGCUUUUAUCGGGAUACGCGCUGUCAGCGGGUCAUCCGUCCCCAUUUAUGCUCUGCAAUACGGUGCUGUUUCUGCUAUUCUGUUCCUGUUCGGUCCGGAAAACAUGGGUGGUAAGGGUGACCUUGCAGAAAAAUUUGGCCAAGUUCAGGUAGAGGACAAGGUAGUCCGAGCUGAAGAGAUUGAAUCGAGAUAUUUUGGAUUUAAAAAUGAGCUCAUUCAAAUACCCGGCUUGCCGCCCAUGUAUCACUACGAGCAUGUUCCUCAAAUUCAAGCAUUACCUCCAGGAGCAAAAAUAGCCGACAUCGCGACCUGGUUUCAAUAUGCCCACAAAUUCCUCUCCGAAUGCGAUGGCGUGAUAAAUAACAGUAAUAGGCUUUAUGAGCCUGCUGCUUUGGACCAGUUGCAACGGUGGAUCGGCUUCCGACCGUUCUCGGUCAUUGGGCCACUUCCGUCACCUGAGGGUGAACGAUCCGUAGCGUUGAGCCCCAAGGAUUCUAUUGUCGCAAACGAAGUCGACGCCUUCCUAAACGAGUCCCUUCACAAUUAUGGACCGUGUUCAGUUAUUUAUAUUUCAUUUGGUACAGUAUUUUGGCCGAGAAACCCGGAGAAAAUAUGGACUAUCAUUGAUGUCUUGAUCGAGAAGAGAAUUCCUUUCAUCUUUAGCCAUGCUUCUCCCUUAGCGGUCGUCCCGGAACCAGUUUCGGCGAGAGUGAGAACUUCUGGGCUCGGAUACAUGGCGAACUGGAUCCCCCAGCAAGUUCUAACCCACGAGGCUUGUGGCUGGUUCAUGUCGCAUUGCGGCCAAAACUCGACCCUGGAAUCCUUAAUGGCGGGAGUCCCACUCAUUUGUUGGCCAUAUUUUGGGGAUCAGCCUUUUAAUGCAAUGCUCGUUUCCUUGGUGCAUAACGUAGGAUAUGAAUUACUCGAAGUCCGCGAUGGCCCGGGGUUGCGCCCACUUUAUCGGCUUAAGGGAAGGGCACCCGAAGGCACCCUUGAAGCCAUCCGACGAGAAAUCAUCGUCGCUUUGGAGCUGGCUUACGGGGAGGAUGGACUGAAAAAGCGUAAGAAGGCGAAAUGGUUCCAACAGAAGUUCUCAGAAGAAUGGAAGGAGGGCGGAACCUCCUCAAGAGAGUUGAGAAAAGUUGUCGAAAACUUCGGUUGGUAA